GCGAUGUCUGGAAGAGGCAAGGGCGGCAAAGGUCUUGGAAAGGGAGGCGCGAAACGCCAUAGGAAGGUUUUGCGUGACAACAUCCAGGGUAUUACAAAACCCGCUAUCCGUCGCCUGGCUCGUCGCGGUGGUGUCAAGCGUAUUUCUGGGUUGAUCUACGAAGAAACCCGUGGCGUGUUGAAAGUGUUUCUAGAAAACGUUAUUCGUGAUGCUGUCACAUACACGGAACAUGCGAAGAGAAAGACGGUCACCGCAAUGGAUGUUGUUUACGCUCUGAAGCGCCAAGGUCGCACGCUGUACGGCUUUGGCGGCUAAACUUCUGUAACUGCCUGAGAAGAACUAUUUCCC